AACAGCUGAUUGCUAGCAAGUAAACAAUUAAUUACGUUUUUGCCGUGCACCAGAGGAUUGCAUUGGGAGUGCUUUGUUGGUGGGCAGAUCACGUAACCGGAGGCGGCAGCAUGUGCACUCUGCAUCCCGAGGAGGAGGCCCACCUGAUGGCGAUGGCCAGCGGAGGACAGCCAACGCGCACGGCCAGUCCAAGGCCACUUGUCAUCGCCUCCACUGCAGCACCACGAUCGCUGUUCGAUGUUUGCUGGGACGAUGUGCUCAUCCCGCAAGUUGCCGUCUACCUGUCGCUCAAGGAUCUCUUUAACCUGCGCUGCUGCUCCCGUACCGCACAACGAUUUGUGGAGGCUGCGCUGGAAAAAAGGCAGGAACUUCAUCUUUCUGGGAACAACACAACGAAUAUCGACGUGGGCUUUCGAGUGCUGGCCCGCUGUUGCCAACGAUUGGAGGUGCUUCAUCUGGCCCGCUGCCGGUGGCUAACGGAUGAGCUGCUGCUGCCACUGCUGGCCAACAAUAAGAAACGCCUGUGGGCCGUUAACCUGAACGAAUGCGUCAACAUCACAGCCCUUUCACUGCAGCCAAUUAUCGUAGAGUGCAAGGAGCUGCGCGUACUCAAGCUGUCCAAGUGCCAGUGGCUGACCACAGGAGCGGUGGACGCUUUGACGCUGCACCAAAGCAAGUUGGUGGAGUUUGACAUCUCCUAUUGCGGCGCAAUUGGCGAGCGUUGCUUGAUUAUCUUCUUCAGAAAACUCAACAAACUCACCGUCCUGUCGCUCGCAAACACGCCCAGUGUCACCGACCAGGUGCUCAUCCAGAUCGGAAACUAUUGCCGCGAACUGGAGCACAUCAACUUAAUCGGGUGUGCAACCAUCUCCGACUAUGGCGUGCACGCCCUCACCUCGAGUUGCCCGCUGCUGCAGUCACUGAUGGUGCAGCGCUGCCCAUUGGUCACCGAGCGUGUGCUCGCCCCACUCCGUGGACUUCACAUCGAUCGGCCCGGCAUGGGCUACAUGCCAACUGUGCGACAUCACCGUCUGUUCCUGCAGGUUUGAGAUUAUCUUUGAUUCCGGGUCAAUAUUACCAAUGUACCAAGGAGGCUUUCGAGGCUAUCCAAUAUACCUUUUGCUGUAAAUACA